CCUGCCCGCUCCCUUUCUGCGCCUGCUCCGACAACAUGGCAAAAAUCAAGGCACGUGAUCUGCGUGGCAAGAAGAAGGAGGAGCUCCUGAAACAGCUGGAUGACCUCAAGGUUGAACUUUCCCAGCUCCGUGUUGCUAAGGUAACAGGAGGAGCUGCAUCAAAGCUUUCCAAGAUCCGUGUCGUGCGCAAGUCCAUUGCUAGAGUCCUUACUGUCAUCAAUCAGACACAGAAGGAGAACUUGAGAAAAUUCUACAAAGGCAAGAAGUACAAGCCUUUGGAUCUGCGGCCCAAGAAGACCCGAGCCCUGCGCCGGCGACUAAACAAGCAUGAAGAGAGUUUGAAGACCAAGAAACAGCAAAGGAAAGAGCGUCUGUACCCCAUGCGCAAAUAUGCUGUGAAAGCAUAAAUGUUCACCCACAGGCGUCAUUAAAUUUAAGAAAAUGCU